UCCAUGCACCGCUGUAGCCUUUCAUCCAAACGUAGGAUAGAGAGGUGGAUUUUUUAUUUUCUGCACUGUUGCAGUUUCACCAUUAGAGGUCAUUAAAUCCUACUUUUUUCACAGCAGGUCAGAUAUUUGUAUUGCUUAAAAAUCUAACUGUAGGAUUUUGACUCUUUUAUAGUAAUAACAUGAAGUACAAGUACUUAAAACAAAUACUCUAAUAUUUUAAUUCCAAUAUGGGAAAGUGUAAUAUAUAAAUAUAUAAAUAUAUAUAUAUAUAUCAACAUAGAAAAUGAAAUAUAAGGUUAGACCAAAUUUAUGAAGUACUGAGUAGGUACAUUUAGCUGCCCUGGUUUAGAGCUCCCUCUCCUGUUGAAGUCAAAAACUUCAACUUGUAAAUAUUUAGAUGCACUUUGUUCAGGUGUUAGCGCCACGAUCAGUAGUGUAGGGGACGGUUAGCAUACCUGUACCUCUGUUGGAAAUAACCGACUAACAAUCACGGGAGUGUACGCUGCAGCUAUAAGUACUAGCUAAAAGUUCUAUAAACCAACGUGUCAAAUACCUACACCUAGAUGCUACCGUUGUAUAAACAAUCGAGACGUGCAACGUAAAAGUAAGUCUAACAAAUGUCUCCUGGGAAACGUUUAGUAUUUAAGUAUUUGACGAAUAUUUCACUUUGGCAGAUAGAGAACCAGUUUUAUUGCAACCAGCCUCUGGUGGCCAUUAGCGGCACUGCUCCCUGAAUGUUAUCCCCACCAGGCUUCCAAAAUUAAUUUAGAUAAUGCCAAAAUACUGAACCUAUCGUUUUACUUGUUCAGGAGAUAAAUUGUAGCUAGCUGGUGGCCAUUAGUAGUACUGCACCUAACAAUGUCAACAGAAAUGAUUAGCUUCCUUCCUACCGUUUUUUUUUCAUGACAAAUAUAUUUAAUGAUAUGAUAUAGACCUAUUUCCAGGUGGCCACCAAUGGUACUACAUCCAUAAAUGCAUUGCUAAUUAUCUUAAAAAAUGAACGCAAUCCCGACAACACACUGACCCCUGGUGUUUGAACAGGGAAACUUUGAAUGGAACUGUUGUGUCGCAUUCGUCAGGUCCUGAUGCUAGCACAUGUGGCUAACGGUGUGUGUAUAGUGUGUAGUGUUCUGCUGUCACAGUACAUCGUACAGUGUGUGGUGUGUAACGCAAAGUAUAUUUUAUAUAUAUUCAGUGAUGUAUUGUCGCCUUCGUUUUAUUCCCACGCUGCACUUUAUGGAAACGUAUUUAUUUGUCAUUGAGAUGAAGAGUAAAAAUAUUCAUGUAUUUAAGAGAGAGUAUUUGAAGAAGUUUAUACAGAUUUAACCACAGCGACGCCGUCGUCGAUGACGUCACUGAUGACGUCACACACCGAUGACUGACGGUUCAGAUGAACGUUCGUGGAGUUACUGUGCUGUCUGUCACAAUGUUAGUGUUGUGUUUGCACUCGAGGGGGCGCCACACUCAUGUUCUCAUGGUGACGUUCGGUAGUCGUUUUUGGCGGUGUAUCAUCAUUAACCUUUAACCUUUAACCUUCAACCUCGGUGUAAUACAGCUGGAACUUUUUAAAAAUAUAUGAUAUUUAAUAAAUAUUUACUGUAUGAGUUUUAGAUCCAAUCAGAACCGAACCAGGAUCAAAGUCCAGGAUCAAAUCAAAAUACUGUAUGAAAGAAAAUGAAGUCGAAAUUAGUCGAAUUUAGUCGAAUUUAGUUGUUUAUUUGUUGUCAUUUAAUAAAAAACGCUUCUGUCACUCAGUGUGUGUGUGUGUGUGUGUGUGUGUGUGUGAGUGAUUUCCUUCACUCACAUUAAAUUUUUAAAACCCGACCUUGACGUCAUCCAUCCAUCAGAACUCUUUCACUUGUUCCUCUGCACGGUCGCAGGGAGGGGGCGCUAGAGCCGCUCCUCCUCUGGACUGGUCACAGCGAUGAAAUCAAAUCAAUCAAGAAGAAAAGAUCGUUUUUCCUCUAGGUUCGGAUGAACCAGACGCUGUCACCCCUCAUCCCCACCAACCACCACCGUUUCGUCAUCAGCAGGCACCGGAAGUCUGAAAAGACGCGGAGAAAAGGAGGCGUGUCCCAGUAGAAGCAGACGAAGAAGAACAGCAGUCCGUGAACGCAUCACUAUUCUCCCAGUUAUCAACAUCACCAGAGAGGAGAGGAGACAGGAGGAGGGGAGAAGAAGAGAGGAGAGGAGAAACAGGAAGCAGAUGAAGAGCGGAAGCUCUGGAGCCGCUGUCAUGGAAACAAAUGGAGAACAGAACCAGCAGGGAGGAUCAACCAAUGGGAGCCCAGUAUCUGAGCCGUCCCGCCCCUCUGCCAUGAACUCCAUGUCCCUGUAUGAGAGACAGGCCGUACAGGCUCUUCAGGCCCUCCAGCGUCAGCCUCAUGCGGCCCAGUACUUCCAGCAGCUGAUGCUGCAGCAGCAGAUCAACUCAGCUCAGCUGCAGAGUCUGGCUGCUGUUCAACAGGCCACUCUGACUGCGUCUCGUCAGUCCACAUCAUCCAGCAGCAGUGGUUCCUCCUCCUCCUCCUCCUCUUCCUCCUCUGUGGGUGUAACCUCUGGGUCGGGGUCCACCCCCAGCAGUCGUCCAGUGGGUGGAGCCUCUGCAACCUCCGCCAUCAGCCAAUCAGUUCUUCUGAGUGGAGCAGCAGCAGGACAGGGUCACAUGUACCUGAGGGUCAACCGCUCCCUGCAGACUCCCAUCUCUCCUCAGCUCAUCUUCAUGCCCAGCGGCAGCGUCGCCCAAAAGGCCGCAACGCAGCAGCGAGAGCCGCCGCCCACUCCCUCAUCCAGCAGCCAAUCAGAUCACGAGCAGGUGCACAACUUAGCACUGCGAGGCCUGUCCAGUCCUAAGGAUGGCGCUGUUAAGACUGAAGUCAAAGAAAGGAGCAACACAGCAGACCACUCUGUGGCUCCGCCCCCCCACCAUUCACCCACCAAGCUGGGCCACUCACCUCUUCCUCACCCGCCUCACAUCAAAAUCCCCACCUACCCUCAUCCCACCAACCAGAAAGUUUCCUCCUCCUCCACUCCGUGCUCCUCUGCCUCCAUCCCUUUCUCUCAGCUCCUGCUUCAUGGACCCCAGACCGUGGCCACGGGAAGCCCCGCCCCCUCAGCAACUGCCUCGGCAUCGGCCCACACCCUGGUCCUGGCGUCCAAGGCGGCAGCGACGUCUCAGAGCCACAGCUUCAUCAAACCGUCGUUGAGCGCUCAGACGCUGGUGGUCCAACCCCUGCAGAAGGCCCUGCUGACGGCCGCCGACAAGUCCAGCAACGGACCGGUUCCCAUCCAGCCCAAAACCCUGCAGGGUCUACGUCUUCCUUUGCAGCUGCCCUCACGAAACCCUCCCCCCAUCCUGCCGGCCCCACCUCCCUCCAGUGGCUCCUCCCAGCCCCUGAACCCGCCGCACAUCCCCGUGCAGAUCGUGGGUGCCAGGCCGAGCACCCUGGGAAACGCCCAGGCGGUGGCCUUGACCAGGGGGGGGGACUGUGGUCAGGACGGCUCGACCGCCGCGCUCCUCAGCACCUCCUCCAGCACCUCCUCCAGCACCUCCUCCAGCCUCCUCACCAGGGUCGCCUCCGUGGCCUCCAGACAGGGUGGAGUCACCACAGGGAGGGACGUUGGACCUAAGGCCAAGCAGGAGGCUCUGCCUGUGGCUCAGGUCUCACAUGUCCAGCCACAGACCUAUCAGAGCUCAGGACGGUGUGUAAGCCCCGCCCCCAAAACUCCCCCCACCCAAUGUUUCCAGGGGAAACCUCUGAGUGGAUCAUUGAAAAGAAAGUCUGAGUCAAACUCAGCCAAUGAUGACGAUGACCACGCCCCUCCACAUGCCCAGCCAAUCAGAGACCAGGCCAUUAUACUCCAGACCAAUCCUGUGAAAGCUGGUGUAGGAGGUCAGGUGGUCAGAGCUGCUCCUCCUCAGGCAGUGGUCAAACCUCAUGUCCUGACUCAUCUGAUCGAGGGCUUUGUAAUACAGGAAGGGGCGGAGCCUUUCCCAGUCUGCGGUCCAGUCAAACACUCUGGAUCUGAUGGUUUGACCAGUGAGAGUCCAGAUACCAACCAGACAGAGACUGUCACCACAGCCGCAGUGCUGAAGUGCGAGUACUGCAAACACUUUGCUCCUGUCAGUCAGUUCCGAGGAACCAAACGUUUCUGCUCCGUGACCUGCGCCAAGAGGUUCAACGUCAGCUUCAGACGCACCCUCAGCCAAAGGAAGGGUCGGGGCCCCGGUCAGUGUCCACCUCAGGACCAGGAUAAAGGUCACAUGUCCAACUCAGACGAGGAGGCUGGGAUCAGCAGAUGGAGAGGUUCACGCUGCCCCUCUGCCAAAACAGCAGGGCGCCCUCUGGCUGUCAGGUUUGGUUCAGAGUCCAGUCACUCGGACCAGGAGUCCAGCGUAGAGGAGGAGGACAACACCGUGUCGAUGUCCCCUGCCUCCACAGCCUCCUGCUAUCAGACAUCUUCACCUCCUCCUCCUCCUCCUCCUCCACCUGCCUCUGCACUCCCAUCCCUGGACUCCCCUGGCUGUGUGCACUCUGUCCCCACCCAGUGGAGUGUGGGGGAAGUUUCUCAGUUCAUCUCUACACUGCAAGGCUGUGAGGAGCUGGCCCCUCAGUUCCUGUCCCAGGAGAUUGAUGGACAGGCCCUCCUGCUGCUGAAGGAGGAGCACCUCAUGUCCACCAUGAACAUGAAGCUGGGUCCUGCCCUGAAGAUCUGUGCCCACAUCAACAGUCUGAGAGACUGAGCUGCUCCACAGUCUCCUGGUUUGACACAUGGUCUGGACCAGGAACGGCUGAAAGAAGCAGCCAAUGACAGCAGUGGAAAGACAGAGGUUGAUGACUGUUGGACCAAACUCCCUCUGUCUCUCCCUCUGUCCCUCCCUCUGUCCCUCCCUCUGUCCCUCCCUCUGUCCCUCCCUCUGUCCCUCCCUCUGUCUCU